AUGAAUAGUUCAACAACAGUCUUUGUGGCACGUAUAGGAAAUAGAAGAGAGAAAGGAUUAAGAUAUCUUUGUGGAUAUUAUGGAGAAAUAAUGGAAGUUACUCUAUUAAGUGAUGGAGAAAAGAAAAAAGCAUGUGGUUUUGUUAAAUUUAAAAGAGUGGAAGAUGCUAUUCGAUGUGUUUGUGAUGCAAAAGAAAAGAAAGGAAUUUUUGCUGAAAAUAAUAAAGUUAUUAUAGAAUGGGCUAAGUCAUCACAAAUAAAAGAAAGUGAUUUAGAUAAAACAACACUUUAUGUUACUGGCAUGAGUAAAUGUGAUGAAUCUUUUAUUAAAAGUAAAAUGGAGGUAUAUGGUUUAAUUCAAAAAAUCACUAUUCCAAGAGGAGAACAAACAUACGCAUUUGUUAAAUUUGCAAAUGAAAAUGAUGCUUCAAAAGCUAAAGAUGCUGAAAAUGGAAAAGAGUGGAAUGGUAAAAGAGUUGUUAUUGAAUUUUCUGAAGCUCAAACAAGUAAAAGAAAUAGAAGACAAAAAGCAACAAUGAAAAGAUUUGCACAAUUUUUUGGUGCUAUUUCUUCACCAGCAUCACCUGGUUUAGAGUAUUGUUCAACUGAUGAAUCUGGUAGUCAAGAAGAAUAUGAUUCUUGUGAUGAUUGUUUAUUAACACAAAAAGAAGAGGAUGAGCCAGAUAAUAUUAUAAGUUGUUCUAUUGAUUGGAAUAUUUUAGCUAAUCAUUAUGGUACUCCAGCUCUUUGGGAAAGUGAUGAAGAAGAAUUACCUAUUUUUGCUAGUUUACGUCAAAAAGAAGAAAAAAUAAAUCUUCCACUUUGUAUUGAAUCAAUUCUUUACUAA